AUGUAUUUAGUAGUAACUGUCUUCCAGAGCAAGUUUAUUUUUAUCAUCAUAGAAUCUACUAAAAGCAAGGGGAGAGGGGGGGUAGGGCAUAGUAGUUGGCAAGUACUACCUAUUGAUUACCCCCACUAUCUAUCCCCAAUGUACAUAAUCACAUUGGAUAAUUUCAUCUCGUAUCUUUAG